UCACGCAGUUAAGGACCUCUCAGAUCAAAGGGGCCGUCGCACGAUGAAAAAAAACUGGGAUAUGAAGGUCCGCCACUAUGGAGUGCUGGACGUUCACACAAAGAAACAUGCCGGCACGGGACACUUAGAGACAGUGUUCCAUCUGCUUCGAGCCUUCAGAGAGUUACAAAAGCACUACAGCCAAACGAACAAACGUAAACCGGGCGGACAAGGCUUCCUCGUUCUAGGAGUCACGAUUCUUAGCCCAUAUUCUUCUGUCCCAAACAAGAAACUGAUUGCACUCCUCAAGAAGUUCACUCCAGACGGCCUGGUCGCAAGGACCCACAUCAUCGAGAGGGACUCCAGAGCCAACGCCACGCUCACGGGACCUAGCGUCUACCGGAAGCCCCCUUCCAACGAACAGCCAGGAAUAGUUGAGACGCUCCACUACAUUCUCCAACACGAGAGGCUCCUGCGACAGACCACGAUCAUGACGUCAUUUUCGAUGUCUGUCCGCUGGUACCACUCCGUCAACAACCUCUUCGACGCCGGAGCGCCAAGCACCAAUACGAACGUCACCAGCGCUAAUGAGCUGUGCAAGCUGGCCGACGACUACUCGGCCUACAAGACCGUGGAGACGCAACAUUUCACGCAAGCAUAUUCUGACAAGAACGGAUACACGGCCACCUUCGACGACACGCUCACCAUACUCUGGAAGCUGUGCAGCGCGUUUGUGGAGUUUCGCAACGCGACGUUCGGCACUGCCUUUUUUGACGUGGACUACGAAGACUGGCAAGAACUGUGCCCGCAGGACGAGUGGAAGGGAUACGCCAGGCUCACCGCUGCACGGGACUACUUCCAGCACCUCAAGGAGCCGGACUCGAAGAGCCUCAACUGCAGCGAACUGGUCGACGCUGAAUGACCGUCCUCCCCACCUCGCUUUUCUUCGUCCCUUUUUUCCAAGCUUCAUUUUUUCUUCUUUUAUUUACUUUCAAGACUAUGCAGAUGGGUGGUCGUUCGUGAUAUAUUAUUCGUUCCCGCGACGGCCACCUUUUAUAUUUAGACAAAAGAAUGGGUGAUGAGUGGAGCGCAG